AUGGCCGCGACCACAACCGCUUAUACGUCCGACACGACCCUUAACCAGGCCAACUUGGUAUUCGACCUCGACAUCCUCAUCCUAUGUGUCGUGGCUCUUUUCGUUCUUCUUGCCCUGCCCGGUGCUGUCUCCCACUUUGCGCGUCGUUCUGAGUGGAGAGAUGGGCAUUUCUUCCGGUCUGUUGCCGUCAAACCUAUCCACCGUCCCAUGAUGUUCGACCCUAAGCUGUCACCCAUCAACCCCGCGCACAUCUCUCGCAUGGCCGUCGAUCCGUUCUCCGAUGCACAUCAGGAGAAGCAUGCAGGCCGGUCUGAAGACGACCACACGUACAGCUCUCACGCUGUCCUCGUGCGCAAUGGCUCCGCCUCCAGCACUAGCAGCGGCCGUGCCCGUCAGCAGAACUUCCCGACACACAUGCCCUCCUGGUCUACUAUGCUUCCGGGCCUCACUUCUGUCUUUUCUGGGUUUAUCCGCCCUGGUCUGUCCAUUUGCAAGGCUCUACUUCUCCUUGCAUACCUGUUGGCCAUAGUCAUUUUUGGUCUUUUCAUGUCUAACCCCUUCACGAACUUCAUUCGUGCUGGAUACGUUGCGGUGAGCCAAAUUCCUGUGAUCGUUAUUCUGGCGACAAAGAACAACGUACUGGGAGCCAUGAUUGGCUAUGGAUAUGAGAAGCUCAAUUUCUUGCACCGUUUCGCCGGUCGCUUGUUUGUCCUGGCUGUUAAUGUACAUGCUAUCGGGUAUUUCUACCAAUGGACCGCUGCUGGGACUUUCCAGACGCAAAUUGCAAAUCCCAACAUUGCAUGGGGCCUGGCAGCGCUUAUUGCUGCCGACAUUCUUUACGUCCUGUCUCUCAGCGUUGUCCGAAACACUUGCUACCCAGUGUUUUUGACUUCGCAUGUCGUCUCCGCUAUUGUUCUGCUGGGUGCCACAUGCGCACAUGAGCCAUGGACGAUACCAUACGUCGCCAUUGCCGUUGGGUGUUACGCGUUUGAUCGAGUGCUGCGCAUCGUGAAAACGCGCUACACGACGGCACACCUCCGCACGCUCACAGAACUUAACGUCACCCGGGUCGAAAUCCCGACGAUCAAUGCAGGUUGGCGUGCGGGGCAAUUCCUCCGCAUACGCGUCCUCUCGCGUGGGAUGGGCUGGUUUGGCUGGGCCGAAAGCCAUCCAUUCACUAUCGCCAGUGUCAGCAGGAGCCCUGGCGAGGAGGGUCUCGUGCUGAUGUGCAAGAAAGCAGGAGACUGGACUGGCAAGCUGUUCGAGCUGGGCAAACGUGCAGAAUAUGGCGAAGCUUGUGGCAUCGGACGGGACGUCAAGGUUCUUGUCGAAGGACCGUACGGUGGACCCGGUCACUCCAUUGUUGCCAGCUUCUCGGGUGCUAUGCUAGUUGCUAGUGGAAGUGGUAUUACGUACGCUCUCUCUACCGUGCAGGAGCUGUUACAGAAGGCAAUGGAAGGAGCCAGCCGUGUGAGGACCGUCGAGCUCGUCUGGAGCAUCCCUGAUCCCGCACAUCUCAAACCGAUGCUCCCGCUGUUCUCCAGCAUGAUCGCGCAGUCGCAGUCUGGCUCGACAUCGCUGCGCAUCUCCGUUUUCUACACGCGUGCUGUCACAUCAUCCGACGCCUUCAAGGCGUUCAAGUCGCUUCCCCCCGGUCUCACCCUUGCUCCUGGCCGUCCGCGUUUGCCGAAGAUCCUUGAAGGAGUCGUUGAUCGGACGUGUAAGCUUUUCGAGAGGCGCGGCGGGCGUAGUGAGCGUGACGGUCCGUUGACCGGUGUUAUACUCGGCGUGUGUGGUCCCCUCGCGCUGGCCGAAGAAGCUGCGCGCGCCGUUAAGACCGUUAGGUCUGAAAGACGCCAGGCCGUUGGUGGCGUUGAACUGCACGAAGAGGUUUUUGGGUGGUAG